GCUAAAAUGGACACUUCCGUUUGGAGAUGCUCUAAAACAACGUUAUGCCGCCCCAUUUUACAAUCCCUGAAGUUGGACACUUUCAAAAUUCGCACUGAAAAUCUUCGCAGCCCGAAAUCCUGACCAAAAUCAAAUGCAGAAGCUCUUGAAAAGAAGCCAUGAAUACCUUUGCAGCAUCCAAAUACCACAAUUCAAAAACCUAUCAAUACUCUUACCCACUUCACAUUUCUACAGCGCACCGGAAACUCUAAACCCCAGUUCGAAGUUAGGGUUCGUUUUGGAUGAAGUUGAAGCGAUCCAAUCUUCAAAACACACAAACCAGAGUAGCCGGUUAGCGAUGAACACUUCGGAUGAAUCUUCCAACGAAAGUGAAUCCUCCAAUGCAGGAAAAGGAAGGACUUUUCAGAUUUCACAUCAGUGGUCGGAGUGGGUGGAUUUAAUGGAAUGCUUAUUGAAGAGAGGGUACUUUUAUGGAGAAGGAAACCCUUUUCAUAGGAGCGACUUGGGCGAGAAGGAUUUCAAUAUUAUUCGAACGGCAUGCCUUAAUUUUGGGCGAGAUCGACCUCGUCUAAUAAAGUGCUUGUCAAGGAAAGAUAUACACAUUGUUGCAGAAUGUGGAUGCCCAAGCAUAGAUAGGAAAGUUGUCAAUUCAGGGAAGCGUCUGAGAGCUCAUGUCAGCAUUGAUGAAAGAAAUGUCUGCAGUUCAUGCAACUUGAGGGGAAACUGCGAAAGGGCUUAUAUCAAGGCACGUGAAAAAGAAGGUGCACUGACCGUGGAUCUCAUGCGCACUUUACUGAUGUAUGGGCUUGAUCCUAUUUGUGCAACAGUGGAGAACAGUUCAUGCCAAAACACACAGGCUAAAGGAUCAGUGAGAAGGCUGCUGAAAGAGAUAGUGGAUUAUACCACCCAGGAAGUUGUCUCAGAUCUUCCAAAUGAUAUAACCUUGCAAGGGGGUCUGUCAGAGCAAGACCAUUUAAGUACUCAGGAAAAAGGCAACAUAGAUAUUCCAAUGAAGCUAGUUGACUGGCAGUGUCCCAAAUGCAACUUCCUAAAUUUUGCCAGAAAUAUUAGGUGCCUGCGCUGUGAUGAUUUAUCUCAAGAAAGACUAAAGCAACUAAGGGAGCAGGAGGAGCAUCUUCCAUUAAAGAAAGGAGACUGGAAAUGUGACCAAUGCUACUUCUUAAAUUUUGCAAAGAACACAAGAUGUCUACGAUGCAAAGAGAAGCCUCCAAAGCGAGAGCUUAAUCCCGGAGAGUGGGACUGCGAAUCGUGCAACUAUAUCAAUUUCAGAAAAAACAUGGUUUGCUUGAAAUGUGAUCAUAGACGUCCAAAAGCAUCAAAUGCUUUAAAUGCGUCUCCUCAAUCUACAAAGGAAAAAGGAGUUUAUAGUGGUUGUGGCAGCUUUAAGUUUGUCAGUAGUGAAAACGAAGUCGAUAAGCAUAAAUCUGGGGUCCAAGAUAGACCUGGUCUGGAUAUGUGGAAAUUUGUGAAAGAGGAUGGUGAAGACAAUGAUCGCUCAAUUUCAGGGGAUCGCGCCUCUGGAAUUAUAGAUUUUCCUAUUAUUGGAGGUAAAGGCAGUUUGUCUCAAGACGCAAGAAAGAGAGAAAAAUGGAAGGUAGAGAUGUUAGAAAGAAUCAAAAGUGCUGAAAGAAGAAGUGAAAAAAAUGAUGAAUCUGGUAAUGCCAACACUCAAAAAGGAUUGAAUUAUCAUCAAGCUUGUGAUGAUGUAGAGAUAGCUGAGUGGUUUGGGUAUAGAAAGAAAAUGGAAUCAAGUUCUCUAUCUGAACAGUAGGAAAGUUUGGUAUGAUUGAAGAUGAAAGAAUAUGCAAUUCUACAUAAUGUUGGGUUGGGGUUUUUCACAUCAUUUAUAUAUAUUCAAACAUUCUCUAAUCUAUAAAGCUCAGUCGAUUAUUCAAGGGGUUCUCAAAUUUUUUUGAUG